CAAAUACGGAAGUUAGUUCCUCCAAACGAUACCGUUCCUGUGUUAGUAUCGGCAUUAUUUUGAACGAUUCGUGUCGUUUCACUCGUCGUUGAAACGUUUUGAAACGAGACAAAAUAAUGCAUGGCGUAUUUUGAAAUCGUCUAGGUGUUUGUUUGGAAACGUUGAGUUUUUUCGCGGAGGGAUCCAUACGUCACCGCCGGCUCUGGCACGGAGCGUAAUUUGAAUCUUUGUCUCCCUCCCUCUCUAACGUUUGUGUUGAUUAACGUUAGCUUGAAACGAUGAACGUUGUUUGGCCGUGAUAGUCGGCCAUAACAAAGUUACCUCUCUGGCAAUGUGUUCACGUUCACCUUAGUUGUUACACUGUUGUUAAACCGUACUAUUCUGGUCCUUAUUCAUUCUGUAAGGGCCCUUCAGGGGAGUCUUAGCGGUGACCUAGCUAUCGCUAACUUGUGCUACUGGGGAUGAUGCUAACUCUACUAGCGUGCUGCUAAAGUCAGCGAAACGUCACUUUGACAACUUUAAGUUGACGGCAAAGUGUGACGUAAGUAAUAUAGCCUGCUGACAUUCCGUAUUAGGUUUAGACCGAUUGUUACAACAAGUGUAAACUAAACGAAGAUGGCUACCGCGGAGAUGAACGCCGAGGGAAAUCAGGCCGAUGACCUGUUGUCCCCAUCAGAAGAGGACUCUCCUCCGGUUUUAAAUGACACCUCGGCCCCCUUGAAUUUCUCCGAGCUCACACCUCGUGAGUUCGGCAUCUCUGUGAAGAGCUUCACCCCAGCGUCAUUAUCAAAUGGCAAAGAUAAAUUUCGUCUAGCACAAAUAAAGUCACGGCGGAAGUCCAGCAUUGGUGCCCGCGGCUCCCCAGAGACCAACUCCCUCAUCCGCUUCAUGGCGCAACAGAGGAUGAAGACCUCCUCUACCUUCCAAACUCUGGAGCUGGUCAGAAGUAGCCCCUUCCUUCCCCGGGUCGCUUCCACGCUGAGGCAGAAGAUGGCCUCCUUCCAGAGCCUGAUGGAUGUGGAAGAGAGUGGGGUCUGUGAUCCGAUGCCAGGGCAGGACAGCAACACUGGAGGAUGCAUCAAGACAAGAGAUUAUCUGUCUGAUAGGAACAGCCAUCAUGGAGGAAAGGAGAACCACCCACCAACGAUGACGCCAAUGCCCAGCAAGCGGGGGCGCCUGGCCCCAAUCGACGGCUGUGAGGUGGAGAUUAGAGAGGCCAGCGCUCCUAUCCUCCACGUGAGUUUCAACAAGCAGGAGGAAGAAGAAGAAGCAGUGAAGCAGGUUGUGACCCGAGGACCGCUGCCAUCCAGUGAGCUUGUGGAAGAGGACCAAGCUGUGCUCAUAACCCCGACCCUUCACACCGACCUUGAGCUCCACACUUGUUCCCCUGCUAUGGACGAGCAGGACGAUCUCUUUGAACUUGAAAGCCUCGGCCGACCACCACCCGAUGAUUGUGCGGCCGCUCCACCAGCGGGGGCGGCCUCCCUCUUCCACAUCGCCGCUUUUCCUUCUCUGUUGGCGAUGAAGCCCGCAGGAGAAAAGAAAAAGAGCGUGCGCUUCGGAGGUCCGCUAUCGCCUGAGUUCUUUGACAAGCACCUGCCUCCCAGCACGCCGUUGAAGAAGGGGGGCACGCCGGGCCGAGCGGCCACGCCGUGUGGGAGCUUCCAGCUGUGCUCGGUGCUGAAGACGCCACAGAGGAGUGAACCACGAACAACAACAACACAGGCACGGCUGGACCUCAGCGGCCUCGACAUGUUCGGGGCGUCGCCGACCCUCGCGAUGCCUCGCAACCGCAGCGUGGCGUCAGCAGGAGAGGAUGACAAGGACAGCGACGGAGGCAGAACGAUUGCAUUCCCUUUGAUGGAGGAGAUUGACUCUGCAGAGACGGGAGACACAGAAUACACGUUGGAAAACCAGCCAGUGAAUUUAAACGCUGCUUUCCACGAGGAGUUUCUUUCUCAGAUUCUGACAGAGUCUGAGACCAGUCCCAGCACAAUCUCCCCGGCGGAUUCCCUGGAUGAGCCGGCGCCCUUUCUAGAGAAGGAAAACCAUCAUGAAGCCGCUGUGGAAGCUCCGGUGGAAGCUCCGGCCAGAUCGAGAAACCAAAGGAAAAAGCAUCCAGGACCAGAGCAGGCGGCUCGCAGUGAGCCUCCAGCUGGUUGCGCCGGUCGAAAGAGAAAGCUGCCCGAGGAGAGUGAACCUGUGAAGAGGUCGACGCGCUCCGCUGCCAAGGCGGCCUCUGGGAGGAUUAAGACGAACUCUGCAGCGAAGUGGCGGUGGAACAAGGACGUGGACCGCUCCCUGUACGGCUCCCGGGCCUACGCCUCCAAGAACCCCAACCUGAGCCCCAUCACUGAGAGGUUGCCCCUCCUCCAGUCUCAGGCAGCACAGCAAAUCCCCUCCCCAAAUCAUGAGACCGGCUCGAACCCUCAAAGUGCCGACGACCCUCCAGCAACAGACGACCUCCCUGCAACAAACGCUUUGGAGAAGCUCUCCGGCGAUCCGGUCACAUCCCCCAACUCCAGUAAAAAACAACCGCUGAGGAAAGGAAGGAGGCAGUCGGGGCCGAGGGUCAAACGGAAUGGAGCGAAGAAGAGGAGGGUUGCUGUCCCUAAUGAGGCCCUGCGCGGGGAGGAGAGCCUAGAUCAGACUGGCAGAAGCACCGAGGAGCUCUGUGAGGAGCAGACCACCACCGACCCCGACGCGUCGAGCGGAACCCCGCUGACCCGCUCCGAACCGGAGCAGGGAAAGGUCGACGCCGAACACGAUGCCGUGAUUCCUGCAGAGACACUCGGCGCCGACUGCCCGGGUUCAGGUGCAGAGUCGGACAACACUUUGAGUCAGUCGGGGCGGAGAACGCCGCGCCGGGGCUCCGUCGACGCCGCGGCGCUACGGGAGCGGGAGAACAGGGCGGAGGCGGAGCAGGGAGAGCAGGCAGCGAGCCGGCAGGAGAACCUCCAGUCGAGCUCCGGUGGUCAGGAAGGGACGGGCGUCGCUGAUUUCCACCUCGCCCCCUGGCAGGCCGACUUUAAUUUUGAAGACGUGUUCAAACCGGUGCCCGCCAGACUGCAACGCUCGGUGCGCCGCAGUCUGAGGAACCGGAGCGCCGCCGAGCAAGGCGUCGGCGACGGCAGCGCCGGGAACAGCAGUGUGGGCCUCGCUUGGCUGGCAUGGACCUCCCCCGACUCCAAUAAAGAGUCCCGCCGGAAAACCCGGGGCCGGCGGCUCAGUGCUGCUCCAGCCGUCCUACCGGCCCUCCCCGAGGGAAACGCCGCCUCGUGAGACUUUACAUGCACUAAUAACAAAGCGGGAUAGCCAACACGUACACACACACACACGUUACUCCUUCAUACAUACUGAUGCUGUUUGUUUCAGAUUAGCUGAAACCAUUUCCCAAAGAGCCGGCGGAUCGUUUUGUGUUCCCUUGAACAUCGAUGCCUUUGUUCCCUUUGAAUUAUUAGAGCUGACCAGUCAUUUGUAGCCAGUCAAUAACCCUUGAGCCCAAUCAUCUCCGCUGACCCCCCCCCCUCCCCUCCCGAUCGAUGCCCGAGCACUCAGCUGGUGAUCGCACUGCAUGUCGAGACUCACUCUCCAGAGUCGUCGGCUCAAGCAGCUCCGAGUCGAUAUCUACGAUUGCAGAUAGACGAAGACAUCCACCAUCUGUCAUGCAAGACGCAGCAGGAGGAAGGAAUAAUAAUGAUGGGAUAGUAAUUGGAGGGGGCGUGGGGGGGGAGUGAUUGUCUUAAACAUACAAAAAUCUAAUUAAUACGCUCAAACAAUUCUGUUUAUUUGUGGCUACUGGAGUGGGGUUCGUUUUGUUUGUUUACCACCCCAGAUCUAAAACCUUGACAUACAGGUAAAUGUCCAGAAGAGGUCCCCAUCCCAUUGCAUCAUCUGAUGUUUUAAUUGAAUUGCUUUUAAAAUGUGAAGGAGAUUGAAAUUGUUUUACACGUUGUUUUAUACCGACAUAAAUCAGUUCUUGUGUUCACUGUGACUUCCCUGGAAUGUCAAGAUGUACCUUGCUGUUCUUAUACUGAUUAAAUGCCUUGGUUCCCAGUAAAAGACCUAUCAUUUGA